CACAUCUCCUGCACUGGCAGACUGAUUCUUUAUCACUGAGUCGUAUCUUUCAUCAAAUUUGGGAACUCUUCAGCCCAGAUCAUGCAGCUGUAGUACACUGAUUACAAACAAGAUCAGCCGCAUCAGCCCCUCCCCUCUGUGUAUGCUUCAGCCAGGAUCUCUCCCCACUGGUCCAGGCAGGGCCUGUCAUCUGCAUGCCACGAGAGGGAAACUGAAUCUGGGGGAGGAGCUGUAACAGCCUCCCCAUCCAUUGGGCCCUUCUGUGGUCCACCAUGUGCUGGGCGCUGGGCUGGAGCAGGGGAGCCAUGUCCUGGGUACUGUGGGUGUCCCAGGAAGUCCACUCCCAACCUUCUUACCCCGUUUCCCCAGAUGGCAGAGGAGAGGCUAAGGUUGUUUCUUUCUCUCUCCCGCCCUCAACCCCUGGCAGAGCUGCCACCUCCCUACAAUCUCCAAGAAGUGCAGGUCUCCAUCAUAAACAGAUCCAGGUGUUCCUACCUGUUCCAGCAGCCUUAUUACCACAGCAACAUCAAUUAUGACAUGAUUUGUGCUGGCUCUGAGGAUGGCAACGCUGACAGCUGCAAAGGUGACUCAGGCGGACCCUUGGUCUGCGAAAAGAAUGGGCGGUGGAUUCAGAUUGGAAUUGUGAGCUGGGGAGUGGGCUGUGGUAGGCGCAACCGGCCUGGUGUCUACACCAAUGUCAGUCUUUACUUCAACUGGAUCCAAUUGCUGACGGCCCGCAGCACACCCAGGCCAGACCCCUCUCGGUGGCUGCUGGCUCUGCUCUGGACUCCCUUACUCCUGUGGAUGGCCUGUGCACACUUGAGUCCAUGAGGAUGCUGUAGUUACCGCAGCUCCGGGCACAUUCACCAAGGGCUGGGGGCACCCUGGUGGCAGGACGGCCUGCUGGAUCAGGCCUCGUCCCCUUCUGUCCCCUUUGCUAAUAAAGUGUGUAUAUUCAAGUUGA